CGUAUUGAGAAAGUUCACGAACUAUUCAGGUAAAUGGCGAAAGCUCAUACGCACAAUAUACCCAUAUCCAACCUUUAGCAUUAGCGCCUCAUUUCCCUCCUCGACCAUGCCAUGCCCCUGAUGUCCUCCCCAUCAUCCCCAUGUUGCUCCGAUGGAUCACCUCUCCCCCAUCUCGCCCGCGCGAUUGCGAGCGCUGGCAUUGCCCGUGGGCACCAUCAAGCGCACGAGGCUGGUGGAGUUCGUCGGCCGUCUGAUACCAGAAUGCGCUGUACGGUUAGGUGAUGUGACGCCGGAUCGGCGGCAGGAUCGAGGCAUGUUCUCGCCGCUGUCCUUCACGGAAGGGAGGGUGUUAUAUGAUCUUGUCACGUCGAUGCCGUCGCCUUCGCAUUUAGCCCUGUCUCCAUACGAACUGUUUCGAGAACCGAUUGUGAUCAUUGGGAUUGCCGAUGCGCAGGAAUAUGCUACCUCCGAGGGACCAGGAGAUGUAGAUAUGGAGCGUCUAGGAACGGACCUUUCAAAUGCGAUGGAGGGAUUACAACAGUCCUUUCCGCGCGGAAUCAUACAUCGGCUGUUCCUAUUCGAUUCCGAACUCGAGUCGCUCCCCGAGGAGCUCGAGAACGAUACGUUCUGCGUUCCGCCCGUGGAGAAGUCGAAGGCAACAACCCUAAAGACGAUAAUGUGCGACCUCACCUCUCAGGUCCUGGCCGAGAUGACCGCCCUGGCGAAAUCCAUACAAGCAUUACCCACCAUCGAUAUAACCAAAGGGAACAGCGUCCCGGAAGGGCCCCUAAACCAGGGGAACAUGGGAGCAAGAGCACGUUCAGCAUCUCCGGCAACCGACAACGCAUCCCACCGCAUGUCCAUGCCUGUCCUACCUUCCUCGGGCCUCAGCCACUCCGUGAGCGCCGGCAACUCCCGAACGGGCUCUCCGAUCGAACCUCCGUCUCGACAAGCCAAGACAUUCGAAGAAAUGGGCAUCGGGGCAUCUCCAAAACCACAGCUCAAUCGCUCAAAUACAUCGGCGAGUCCCCGCGACCGCCCGCAAGACCGUGUGUCGGUCCACGGUUUCGGGCCGGGGAGUAUCACCGAGAAGGCGAGAGAUAAGGGACGAGCACGCGUUGGUCUGGUGAUCGCGACGAUGUAUCUGCAAACGGGUUGCUGGGGCGAGGCGCUCGUUGAACUCACCGAGAAUACCGCACGGGCGCGACAUCUUGGUGAUCAGCUAUGGCAUGCGAGAGGCCUGGAGAGCAUCAUGAUUUGUCUUAUCCUACUCUCUUGGUCCGGCGCCGAGUUCCAAAUUCCUCAGAUCUGUUACCCCACCACCGAAAAACCUUCCAACAAGCCCGCUACUCCGGUCAAUACGAGCGUCGAUGUGAGCGUGCUCCAUUCCACCGACCCGAGUCGGAAGCAGGCAUCCCUGAACAAAUUCGCGGCCUUCCUCCCGGAUUUCGCCCGAAUGAUCCUGAGCAUAUAUUCGCGAUCGUCGACCUUCUCGGGCGAAUCGCAACCCCCCUUAGCCGCGUCCGAAUACAUAAUUCGAAAGGCCAAACUCUUCGCCAUCAUCAACCUCGUCGGCGGAAAGCUGAACACGGCGGCGUUAGAAUUCAUCGUGCUCGGCACGCCGCUCAAUUCGAAAGCGAACCUGGGCGUCUCACGACUCACAAUCACACCCACACGGAAUGAAAUCUCCAAACUCCUAUUCCGCGCCGUCCCCGACGAGUUCCAACCCUCCCGUGUCUCGUCCAUGGACUACGUCAUGAUCCUCGCAGGCAUCGCCUCGGUGUUCUCCCUGAUCGGCAUGCAUCGCAAGCGGGCAAUCAUUUUGAAGGAGCUGCUUGCGGCCCUCAUCCCCGGACUCAUCCAGGCGCGGAAGGUUGGCGCGGCGGAGAUGGGCUUGCAUCCGGCGGCGGGGCUGGCCGCGCUGAAUCUGGCGAACGGGGCCGCGCCGGGGGCCAGUGCGCUUGAGAUCCCCGCCAGCGAGAUCGAGAGCGGGGUGGAUCAGUUCUUAAUAUGGAUGGGAUCCGUGUAUGGGAUCCCUUCGAAAACGAGGGCUCAAGGUAGAAUGGAAUCGUCCACUAGCCAUACUAACGGAGACGACCAAGCUAGCAAAGGAGAUGGCUUCGCCUCCGCGCAGUUCGCUGCCAUCGAGCGCAUCUUGCUGGAAUCCCGGCUACGCAGCUUCGGAAACCUCAACAUGAAGCUGGACGUUCUGCGCACGUGCAUCAAUUUCUGCGAAGCGUUGCCCGACUUCCAGGGCGUCUUGGAUUUCACCUCGGUGCUUCUCAGCAUCGUGGGGCCGGGCCAAGCCAUGAAGCUAAACAACACCAACUACUUCCUGUCACUUUCGCGAGAGGAGCAGCUACGCAUGGCGAACAACGUCGCGCGGACGGUGGCCUCGGCGCGCGGGCUGGGCAUCACGGAUAUUGCUACCGGCUAUUGGGAUUUCUUCCUGGUGCGCGGAUUGGCGGUCGCGGCGAGUUUCGAGCACUUGUCGCUUAGUCCGCUGUCUCGUUCGGAGCUUGCGGGCGGCUUCGACCAGAAGUCUAAGGAAUCGACGGGGCCGUUCCUGCAUAACCCGUUCCAAAAGAUUCAGGAGAAUCGAGUGCCCGAAACAAUGCUCGUGGUCGGCGAGGAGCGAGACUUUAUCGCGACACUACAAAACCCCUUCGAUUUUGAACUGGAUAUUGAGUCCCUGAGCAUCGCUACAGAAGGCGCCGCGUUCCGGUCGUCGCGAAGCGGAGCCGUUCUCGGACCGUUCCGGUCGCAGCGUUUCACCAUCGUCGCCAUCCCAGAGGAAGCAGGGCAGGCCAAGAUCAUCGGAUGCACGGUGAAGGUUCGCGGAUGUCGAGAGCAGACGUUCCCGAUCGUCGUGGAGCCAUGGCGACCGGAGCCGGACCAUCGUGUGAAGAACAUUGGGAUCCAUGCCGCGCUCACCUUGGAAUCGAGGCUCGUGUCCGACUCGUCGACCGUGUCGAAAGACGGCGCUGGCACGGAAUCCGGCCCGAAGUUCGCCACCGUGCCGCUGAAUAUCAUCCCCGAGCAGCCGGUCGUCACGAUGACGGCGGUCUCCCUGCAGCAGUCCGCGCUUAUGGUCCUGGAAGGCGAGCGGGCCAGGUUCUCCAUUACCCUGAAGAACGUCUCCGACCGCAUCCCCGUCAACUUCGUCCAUGUCUCCUUCCUCGACUCGACGCAGGCCGCGUUCCAAGAAGCGCUGACCAAUCGCAGCCUGCCCAUGGCCGAGGUCUACGAACUGGAGCACCAACUGCUCAUCAAUCCUGCCGUCAAGCUCAGCUCCGAGAAGGGGACGCCCCCGACGGAAAUCGCGCCGCGAUCGUCGGUUACGUUCUGCUUUGAGGUUUUGGGGAAGCCAGGGUUGACUGAAGUCAUGGUCCGCUUCGCUUAUGCGAACGUCGGUAAAGACGAUGCGCAGGCACAGGAUAAGGUGUAUACGCGCCUCGUCGCGGUUCCGAUCGCGAUCACUGUGAACGCCAGCGUGCAUGUGCACCGCGCCGAUAUUCUCCCAUUUAGUUCGGAUUUUGCCUGGGCGAGUCAAAAUGCGGGAGCAUGCGAGAAGGAACCAAAGAGCCUGCUGAAGUCCGCCGAGGCCCAUGGCACCCGUUUCAAGACCCUCCUCAAUCGCGUGGGUGUGAAAUUAACCGCCGAUGAAUAUUGCCUCCUACUCCUCGAUCUACGAAACACAUGGCCGACGCCUCUCACUGUCUCGCUGCACGUACUCCAUAACCCCGACGACACGAGCGCAAAGGACGAUAUCUGCACCUAUUCCGUCCACCAAACCAUCCAACCCGGCCACCUGAACCGCGUCCUUCUUGUCCUCCCGAAAUCCUACCUCGCCCACCGAUUCGACCGCAUCACGGCGCUAAACCCGAAGAACGAGAAGCAGUUCAUCGUCUCCCAGAACGCGAUCGGCCCCGACGCCGAGCGGUCGAUCAGGGAGGCGUUCUGGUUCCGGGAAGAGCUGCUUAAGAUGAUCCGAGGCGAAUGGCAGGAAGGCGGCACUGGUCGGAAAGGCGACGUUGACCUUCGGGGGAUCCGACUCUCGCGGGGCAUGGUGGACAACCUCAGCUUGGGAGACGUCUCCAUUGAGAUGCAGAUCAUCGGCGCCGAGCAGAGCGAGGACGAAGACGAAGACGACGAGGAGGAUUCAGCGGAUGUCCGACAAACCGGACAGCAUACCUUCUCCGUCGAGGUGGACGAUCUGCUUACCCUGCGCACGACGAUCCGCAACCGAUCGGCGCGCGCGGUCCACGGCAUCUUGCGGCUACAGCCCCGGAUGGCGGGGCAGCCGAUCAGCACCGCAUUGGAUCUGGGCAAGCGCUUUGCGUGGAGUGGGUUAUUACAGCAGGUGUUAGAGCCGCUGCGGCCGGGGGAGGCGCGGACGGUGACGAUUGGGGUGGCGGCGUUGUGUCGGGGAGAGUUUGAGGUGGGGGCGUGUGUGGAGGAGGUGGGGGUGGGGGAAAGGAGGGAGAGGAAGGGGGGGAUGAAUGAGUUGGAUCGGGUGAAAGAGGAGGGGAAGAGGAUUUGGCAUGCGAAUAGUCCGUGUAGGAUACAUGCUCGAUGAAUUAGGAGGGCUGUGAUCUAGAUACCCCUAAGCAUACUGUUGUGAGGCUCAGUCGGUCUCAUUUAGACGUUCACAACCUGUUAAUGUAAUCAGUGAAACCACUAAAUCACUGUCAGUAGAUCAUUUGUAUUGACAGUAACCAUCAUAAUUAGCUCUCUGUAUUAGAUAUGAAUUGUGUAGCAC